AACACCACAAUAUUAAUUACUUGACACAUCAUCCUCUUUAAUACCAAUCACUAAUCCACACUUCUUCUGUCUCCAACACCAAGUUGAAUAUCAAUUAAUGGUGACAUUGAAUAGCUCAAUUCCUGCUUGGAUCGUUCACUUCCUUGCUUGUAUGGGUGGCUGUUUUGGAUGCUGUACUCAACCCACACCAAUUAUUGCUGUGGAUGAGCCAUCAAAAGGAUUGAGAAUACAAGGGCGAGUGGUGACGAAACCUAGCAUAUCAGAUGAUUUUUGGAGUACCAGCACAUGUGACUUGGACAACAGUACUGUUCAAUCUCAAAGAAGCAUCUCAUCAAUCAGUUUGCCAAAUCAGAAUCCUGCUAGCAGCACUGGUGGCAUGAGCAGCAAUAGCGAAUUUGUAAAUCAUGGUCUCCUUCUCUGGCAACUGAGCAGGCUUCAAUGGAUUGGAAGUGGCACAUCUGGGAACCAAAAUCAGCGAAGACGGGAAACCAGAUUAAGUUGGAAUGCAACUUAUGAAGGUUUACUAGGAUCCAGAAAUCCUUUCCCAAAGCCCAUCCCUCUUUCUGAGAUGGUUAAUUUUCUGGUGGAUGUAUGGGAGCAGGAGGGAUUGUACGACUGAUGAAUUUGAAUUGCAAAGAUUGUUUCAGCUUUUCACUAAUGAAGAAUCCUUGUCUGUUUAACUCUUAAGAAACUUCUGUAAUUUGUAAAUGUCCAUGCACGAAAAGGAAUAUAUAUAAAAAAAAAAGAAGGUCCGAGCAAAUGUUUCCACUCAAUUGUAAUUUUCCCAACUCAAUGUCAAUCAACGCUCCUUUUCUUA